AUGUUCAGCCGACUCUUCAAGGCGGUCCCCGCCAGGGCUCCAGCCUUCUCCUCCCCCUUGCCUAUCUACCAGGCCCGCACCAUGGCUACUGUUCGCAACUCGAGGCCUAUCGAGCGAGCGACCUUCACGAUCCGAGAUGGUCCUAUCUUCCACGGAAAGUCCUUCGGAGCCCGUACCAACAUCUCCGGAGAGGCUGUCUUCACCACCUCUCUGGUCGGAUACCCUGAAUCCCUGACUGACCCCUCCUACCGGGGCCAGAUCCUGGUUUUCACCCAGCCCUUGAUUGGAAACUACGGUGUUCCCUCUACCGAGAGGGACCCGCACGGUCUUCUCAAGUACUUCGAGUCGCCCAACCUCCAGGCCGCUGGUGUGGUUGUUGCCGACGUUGCAGAGCAGUACUCUCACUGGACCGCUGUUCAGAGUCUCGGCGAAUGGUGCGCUCGUGAGGGUGUUCCUGCUAUCUCUGGCGUUGACACCCGUGCCAUUGUCACCUACCUCCGUGAGCAGGGUUCCUCCCUUGCUCGUAUCACUGUCGGUGAGGAGUACGAUGCCGACCAGGAUGAGGCCUUCACCGACCCCGAGCAGAUUCACCUUGUUCGCCAGGUCAGCACCAAGUCGCCUUUCCAUGUCAGCGCUGCCGACCCUCAGUGCCACGUUGCCGUCCUUGACUGCGGUGUCAAGGAGAACAUCCUGCGCAGCCUCGUCAGCCGCGGAGCUAGCAUCACGGUGUUCCCCUUCGACUACCCCAUCCACAAGGUCGCUCACCACUUUGACGGUGUCUUCAUCUCCAACGGCCCCGGUGACCCCACCCACUGCCAGGAGACCACCUACCACCUCCGCCGCCUGAUGGAGACCUCUCAGGUCCCCGUCUUCGGUAUCUGCUUGGGUCACCAGCUUCUGGCCCUUGCUGCUGGUGCUCGCACUGUCAAGCUCAAGUACGGUAACCGUGCUCACAACAUCCCGGCUCUUGACCUCACCACUGGUCGCUGCCACAUCACCAGCCAGAACCACGGUUACGCUGUGGAUGCGUCUACCCUGCCUUCUGACUGGAAGCCCUACUUUGUGAACUUGAACGACUCCUCCAACGAGGGCAUGAUCCACAAGUCUCGUCCCAUUUUCAGCACCCAGUUCCACCCCGAGGCUAAGGGCGGUCCUCUUGACUCCUCUUACCUUUUCGACAUCUACAUCGAGAGCGUCAAGAAGUACAAGCACAGCCAGCUGGCUUUCCACCCCAGCCGGGAUACCAUCCCCAGCCCUCUCUUGGUUGACUUGCUUCCCAAGGAGCGUGUCGGUGUUGCCCCUACCAUUGGUAUGCAGAACGUGGCUGCUGCUACCGCUGCUGCCGCCGUCGCUGCUUAG